UUGUGGUACUUUUAUUCCCAGUGCCUUUUCUAAAAGGUGGUUCAACAGGAUGUUUGGGGGAAAUGUGACAUUAUUGGGUUUUGGCAUUCCAGGAGAGCUUGAAGUGGAUCCAGCAUACUGUCUUACGCAUUCCCUUCUGCACUGAAUGUCAGGAGUAAUUCAUGUUGUUGACAGUUAUGUGAACAUGUGAAACUGAGUGAAGGACAGGAACUAAACAAAAAGCUAAUAAUAGAAGAGGCAUGAAAGUGAAAAGUGAACACUUUGUUAGUAAACUUUCUCACUGUCACAAAAUUAAAAUGCUUUCUAUGGGGACUUCAGCUUCUGAUGCCAAGACUCUUUUGAAGACUUACUUUAUUGCUUGGCUUAAAGGAAGAUGAUGUUGUUAAUGAAUUCUGAUCAUCCUUCAGGAGGCUCGUGAUCCUUCUAUUGUUGGUGAAUGCUGUUAUGGACAACUUUCAAAGGCUCUUUUCCAAAACAUCACAAGCAGUUAAUGCACCUUAUAAAGGACUCCUGACCUUUUGCAUCUUCCCAAGUCAGAUCUAGAUGUCACCAGUGUUUCCCAUGUUAACAGUUCUGAGCAUGUUUUACUAUAUGUGCCUUCGGCGCCGAGCUAGGACAGCGACGAGAGGAGAAAUGAACAGCCGAAGGGCUAUUGAAUCAAACACCCGAGCCUUACCUAUCAAUGUUGAAAUAGUUCAGUAUGCCAAAGAAGUGUUGGAUUUCAGUUCUCACUAUGGUAGUGAAAACAGCAUGUCGUAUACCAUGUGGAAUUUAGCAGGUAUUCCUAAUGUGUACCCUAGUUCUGGUGACUUUACUCAGACUGCUGUUUUUCGAACUUACGGAACCUGGUGGGAUCAUUGCCCUAGUGCUCGGCUGCCGUUCAAGAGGACACCACCAACCUUCUGUAGCCAGGAUUAUGUGGAACUCGCUUUUGAGGAACCAGUUUAUCCCACUGCAGUGCACAUUCUGGAAACGUAUCAUCCUGGAGCUGUAGUCAGGAUUUUGGCAUGCUCUGCAAACCCUUACUCACAAAAUCUGCCAGCUGAAGUAAGAUGGGAGAUCCUUUGGUCCGAGGCACCUACAAAGGUGAAUGGUCCUCAGGCACGGCAGUUCACACCUUGUAUCAAACAGAUAAACUUUCCCACAAACUUAAUCCGACUGGAAGUGAACAGCUCUCUUCUGGACUAUUACACUGAAUUGGAUGCAGUAGUACUACAUGGUGUGAAAGAGAGACCUGUGCUUUCACUUAAGACUUCAAUGAUUGAUAUGAAUGAUAUAGAUGAUGAGGAGGAUGAAGAAAACUAUGGCUGUGGAAUGGACACCCUGAAUAAACAGUUCAGCAUUGUUACCCUCAGGGAAUGGCCGACUAACGGAUAUUUUGAUAAACUGCCUUAUGAGCUCAUCCAGUUGAUUUUGAGUCACCUUACAGUACCAGACCUGUGUAGACUAGCGCAAACUUGUAAGCUGCUAUAUCAACAUUGCUGUGAUCCUCUACAGUACAUUCAUCUCAGUUUACAACCUUACUGGGCAAGGAUUAAUGACACAUCUCUGGAAUACCUGCAGUCUCGCUGCACUCUCAUCCAAUGGCUGAAUUUAUCUUGGACUGGGAACAGGGGAGCCAUCUCUGUUUCUGGAUUUAGCAGGUUCUUGAAAGUUUGUGGCUCUGAACUAAUACGUCUUGAGCUGUCUUGUGGCCAUUUCCUCAAUGAAACAUGCUUGGAGGUCAUUACUGAAAUGUGUCCCAAUCUUCAGGAAUUAAAUCUCUCAUCAUGUGAUAAAAUACCACCUCAGGCUUUCAACCACAUAGCCAAAGUGGGCAGCCUAAAGCGUCUCAUUCUCUAUCGAACAAAGGUGGAGCAAACAGCCCUGCUUAGUAUUCUGAACUUCUGCUCAGAAUUGCAGCACCUCAGCCUGGGCAGCUGUGUCAUGAUUGAAGACUAUGAUCUUGUAGCAAGCAUGAUGGGAGCAAAAUGCAAAAAGCUUCGGAGUCUGGAUUUGUGGAGAUGCAAAAACAUAACUGAAAGUGGAAUAGCAGAAUUGGCGUCAGGCUGCCAGCUUUUGGAAGAACUUGAUCUUGGCUGGUGCCCUACAUUACAGAGCAGUACAGGCUGUUUCACAAACCUUGCACGUAAACUCCCAAACCUGCAAAAGCUCUUUCUUACGGCCAACAGGUCUGUGUGUGACACAGACAUUGAGGAGCUUGCUGCUAACUGUACGCAUUUACGGCAGCUGGAUAUAUUAGGGACAAGGAUGGUAAGCCCUGCAUCUUUAAGAAAAUUGCUGGAGUCUUGUAAAGAUCUUUCUUUACUCGAUGUGUCGUUCUGUUCACAGAUUGACAAUAGAGUUGUCCUAGAACUGAAUGCCAACUUUCCUAAUGUGUUCAUAAAAAAGAGUUUCACUCAGUGACUCACUACUUAAGCUGCUGUGAAAUUCAUUUGACAGAGUUGUUUCCUGUGAAUUUGUGCUGACUUUUUUUAAGAAGACUAUAAAACUGCUAUGAAAUAGUGGAAAGUAUUAAUUAUCUAAAAAAAUAUAAUAAAAUAAAUGGGUAAAAUACAUAUAAGUAAAUUGUGCGUUUCUUAAAGAGUUGAUAUUGCACCUAAGAAUUGUUUUACUCUGUAUUAAUUGGUGGCACUGCAUGUUUUUAAAUACAAGCCAUCUAUGUGGCUUUAAUGAGAAGGAAAUUAAUAACAUUGUCUUAAAUGUCCCUUUAUAGAGUGUUACACACAAUGAAUUCUGUUUAUAUCCA